UGUGUUCCGCUGAAGUCGCUCCGACGAAGACCACCAUUAAUGUUCCGCUUUCCGGUUUCAGCUGCAUAGAAAGAAAAAAAAAAGUUUGCCAAGAAAUUGCGUGAUAAAAAACAAAUGGAUUCGGGUGAUUCUAAAGGAGAUGGAUUUACAACGAGGAGGAGAAGCGCCAGACAGGCACCUAAGACAGCUUUAUACAGUGCUGAUGCUAUACCCACACUCCCAUCAAAAAAAACCCGGGAAGAUGAUGGGGCAUCCAAAGCUGUCAAAGGAUCCAGGAAGUCCAAGAGCCACGAGAAGGGGGUUGAUGAUGAUCUUCUCAGACCCUCACUAAAAAGAACCCGUCAAAUGAGGGAAGAUGAUGGGGCAUCCAGAGCUGUCAAUGGAUCCAAGGAGUCCAAGAACCACGAGAAGGGGGAUGAUGAUGAAACCCCUGUUAAGAUACAAAAGCGUGGAGAGACAGAGAAAGCAAGUGAUACAGAUGAGAGAGGUGAUGGAUUUAAACACACAGAUGACGAAGAUGUGGAGAUGCGUGAUGAUGAAGACCAGGAUCAAGAUAUGAGCUCCGAUGAGAAGGAUGAGCAGGACCAUGAGCCCAGUUUGAAAGUGGAUUCCUCAGCCCAGUCUGGGACAGUAGAAAAGCAUCCUGCCCAUGCAUGGGGAGAAAAUCUGUCCAUUCGUCUAACACCUGUGGAUAAGAUACCCAGACCCAAAACCCAAACAGAAAAUUACAGACCAAACACAACGUCUGGAGAUCCCUCUAGUUUGGGUGCUGUACCACCGCUGUACCACAACCAUCAAGAGCUUUUAAGAAUGAGAAAUAAGAAUACCCCGAAAUAUCAGAAUCGCAUAACGGAGAAAGACAAAAAUGCCCCUUGUCCUGGGAACUGGAGCAGAUACCAAUCUAAACCCCCAAUGAUCACUGUCUACCCAACAAUUAAACAACCCAUCAUGCUUCAAACCGCUCAUCACAAAAACACAGAACUGAAGAAUUUGCAGAAACCAGUCAUCUCAAAAGCAAGACCAGUCUCUUCCUCUCAAGGCUGGUUGUGGUACAUGUGCAAGAUUCUUCUGUGGUCUCUGAUACUGACAGGAUUGCUGAUUGCUUUGGGCUUUUUGGCCUAUAAGAUAUUUCUAUGGUCAAAUUUGCCUCAAACUGACAGGUCCCAUUCUGAAACAAAGGAGAAAUUUGAUCUGGAAUUAACUGCUUUAAAGGACCUUUUCCCCAGUCAGCGUUCAGAGAUCUGGAAGAGGAGUGGGAAACAUCUUAAGCGCCACCUGAACAUGGUCAACCCCACUGAACCGGUCAGUAUAAUUCUGACUGCUGGCCUUCAGGCUGAAAAGACAUUGGGCUGCCUUGCUCGAGGCUUAGCCACAGAGUACUCCACGUUCCAUAACGCUUCAAUCUUAGAAAUCGACGGGACCACCAAAAGAGCAAAAGACAGUGAUCAGGUCAAGCUGGAGAUUGAUGAAGCGCUGAAUGAAGCGUUUAAAGGUGAUAAACCUGCAGCUGUUGUGCACCGUUUUGAGGAGCUCCCUCCUGGAUCUACUCUCAUAUUCUAUCGUUACUGUGACCACGAGAAUGCAGCUUACAAAAAGGUUUUCAUUGUCUUCACUGUGAUGCUUUCGGUGAAUGAAAUAGACACAUCGGCCAAUCUGAGUGUAGUGGAGGACAUGGUACAUGACCAUAUAAAACAGAAGUUUGUCUCCUCACAUAUAUCUGCUAAGUUUAAUCAAAUGGACGUGGAUAAACUGAGUGGAUUGUGGAGCAGAAUUUCUCACGUCAUCCUGCCAGUGGUUACAGAGGAGAAAAUUGAACAGCAGGGAUGUAGGGACUAACCUUUACAGAAAAUCAUAAGAUUGAAUCACUGUAUUGGGCUGGAUAUGUAAUUUUGUAGAGUUUUGAGUCCAAAGACCAUAUAAAUGUACAUAGAGGAUGUUUAUUCCAAAGAGGUUUUUAAGAAAUGUUUCUUUAUAAAUGUUUUAUACAAAUGGUUUUGUAUUUGACUCCAUUUUGGUUUUGUUUUCUUAAAUAAUAUGUGUGUGAAGGCAGCCACUUGAUCAUAAUAAUAAUAAUGCAACAGCAUUUGACUUACAGUUGUACAUUUCUUCUCAAGGCCAGGUGUGGUAAUAACUGAAGUUUUGCACUGAUUUUUGAAGUUAAGCUCUGAAUUGUAAACUAAACUCUUUUUACCAAUCAAUAUGUAGUCUGGGUUCAUUUAUUUGCUUGAAUAAGAUUAUAAUAAUUAAAAGUCAGUCUAUA